AUGGAAUACUCUAGUGUUCAAAAGCAUACAAGUAUACCGGAUCCGAUUGGUACACCUUCCUUCAUGGAAACAGACCCAUACGGGAACCAAACAAACAGAGCGUUCUCUUCGCCCAUACCAACAACACCCAUGACACCAAUGGGAACACCAAAACGGUUUUAUAAAAAACCAUCAAAGCCACGUGAUUUUGCCCACAGUGCUAAAAAGCGUCAGUCAGUUUUGGCGCUUGGAAGCAUCACUCAUUUACAACAUUUUUACGCUAAACGAGGGAUCAUUAUUAAACCAAAAAAACCAAAAAACGCAGAAAGUGGAUUGGGUCUAACGAUUAAUACAAAUGUUACUGAUCUAUUAAAAAUCUCUGAGGAACCUGAAGAUAUUUCAUUUCCUCCAACUCCACUUCCUCCCUCUCCACCACCGUUACCUGCAUUCAUAACAUCGAGACUAGAUGUUGAGACAGAUCCAGAAGUAUUAUUAGCCACUUGUCAUAUGGAAAUACAAGAGAUGCUUGAUGCAUGGAAAUUUGUUCACAAUAACAGCGGGUCAAGGAAUGACUCUGAUUCUGAGGAUGGUUCUUCUACGAUUUCUGGCUUUUCAUCUUCAUCGGUUGCUGUGGAUGUUCUCGAUGUGAUUGCAACCACGACAAAAGCAGUACAAGCAGUAAAAAAUUAUUCAAUGGUAAAAGAAGAUUUAGCUCCUGAAUCACUAAGUAAAAUCCGAGCUUAUGCACUUGAAGUUUUGGAGAUGAUAAGUGAACUGGAGAAAGGUCAUCGAGAUGAUGACACGGACGAUAGUAGUAGCGAAGACGGACAUGUUUAUAAAACUGCAAAUCUGAGAACUUUGGAUAGCCAAGGAGUCAUACUGAGAAAUUAUAUUAAAAUUGUCGAGGAAUGCUUGCUAUUCGACAACAAGGAGAUGUACCCAAAUACUUCUUAUUUGAACAGCAUUAGUAGUGGAAGUAGUGGAAUUAAUAGUAAUAAUUCAUCGUCAUUUCACACCGCUGCUCCGUCGACUGCUUCUACUUCGUCUGCGGCUUCGAUUAUUGAGGAUAGCAAACGUGAUUAUGCUCUUUCUGCAUUGAUGACACCACCUGCUUCUCCCGGAUAUCCUAAUCUUGAUUGGACACACCCGGAAUUAUUCGAAGAUGAUAAUAUUGAAGCACAUCGUCCUUCAAAAUCUAAGCAAUCCGCCGAUUACAUACCACUUCCGGAUCCUCGGAAUGACAAGACAGAAUUUUUUACUGCAUUGGCUGACGGUAAAUUACUAUGCGUGAUAUUUAACACUGUUGUACGGCGAUCAAAACGACCUUUCGGGUUUAUUGACAAUAUACAUGAGGAUACAUCCCGGGCUUAUCGGGCUACAGAGAAUUUGAAAUUUUUUGCGGCUGCAUGCAAAUUUCGAUUUGAUAUCAAAUUUGAAGAGUUCAAUGCUUCUGAAAUAGCGAAAUUGAGUGAAACGGGUAAAGAUCACUUGGAAAAUACAAUUGCAGUCUUUUGUGAAAAGGCAAUGGACGAACUUAUAACAACAGGCGCGUACCGGGCAUCACCAUUAUCGCGAGUCCCGUCAAUAUAUUUAUCCGAUUCGGCUGCUUCUUCACAGUGUCAAUUGAACAGCACCGGUGGCGGAAUAACACCUCCACCUUAUAGUGAGGCGGAAUUGGCACAAGCAUUUGCUAAUGCUUCUUUAUCGAUCCAGAAUAAUUAA